AUGUUCCGCCUCCCAUGGUGUAACGAGUCGCCUGGCGACAAGAUCAUGGAGAAGUCGACGCUCCACAAGUCAAGACCGCUGCCGGUCGACAUGCCACACUUCAUGAACAACAUGAAUAAGAUCAAGCGGAAACGGACUGACAGUCCUGAGCCAGUAGCCAAGAAGUGGAAGGGCGCGCAUGGUGAGGUGAGACCGUCGACGGUCAACGCAAAUGCCAAUGCAAACGCGAAAGCUGCGACCGACAAUGGACGUCUUGCGGACGCACCCAGGCCUGCUGCUGAUGUUUUGGAUGCCCGACCCAAGGCACAGCCGAGGAAAGAAGGCGCAAGCAAGAGCAAGACCGCGAAACCUCAGCAACCGACUGCCAAACCUGACUCUAUCAACACGCCAUCGACCACCAUGGACUCCGGACUGACCCCUGUGCAACAAGCCAUCGAGGCGCAAAUCAACUACGAGAUUCUGCUCAAGCACAACGAACUUCGUUUGAUUGAACAGGAGCUCGCCAAGUGUCAGGUGUCUCUCGAGCAGCUGAGGCGUUGUUCGCUCAUCCCGUUCCCUGGUACCGAAGGCCUCAGCGAGGAUGUCAGUCUCGGAGUUGGUGCUUCGUUGCAACCCAGCUCUGGCAUGACAGAACCUCAGUAUGCUGCUCCCUGGGGAGUCACCGAUGGCCCGUACACUCGCCACUACGCAAAAUGGUUGAUCUCGGACGCCAAGUUUGACCCCGUAUCUGAACGCGCAUUCGCUCAGCAAGCUCAAGGGUACUUUGGCACUGGUGAAGGCAGGACGACGCGCGGCAGCUUUGCUGACUAUGGGUCUCACAGAGGCCGCACGUCGCGAACUUCGACUGGAAUGUUGAAGCUCACGCCCCUUGGUGAAACUCCAGCACCAGCGCCCAAGGUCGACCCGUUGUUGCACAAGCGAUCGACGGACGGUCAAUGGGUGCGCCUGUACUGCGCUCCGUGUGGCCACAGCAACUUCUCCAACACUCAGGGUUUCCUCAAUCACUGCCGGAUCAAGCACACGCAGGUCUUCAAGAGCCACGACGCUGCAGCCAUCGCAUGUGGUGUUCCUGUGGAUGUUGACAAUGUUGGUACUCCUGUUGCCGCUGCCGCUGCCGAACCUGCGAGCGCUCCAGUUGCGCCUCCAGCCGUGUCAUUCCCUGUUGUUGCCACUCCCGGCAUCGUCCACCCCCUAGCAUCACAAUCUGCGCCCGUCCCGCAAGCCCGGGAGGUACACCGUGAUCAGAACGCUUCCCCACGUGACGAUUCCAAGGUUACCACCCCGGCUAAUUUUGCCAAGUCAUCAUCGACGCCCUACCUUGCUGCCCGAUUCGCCAACAGCGGCGCCCAAGGCGACUUCAAGGAGCUUGUCGAGACUGCCCGCGCAAAGGUCGACCUGGACGCCAUGGAUGCCUCGGAUGACGACAGCCCGGCCCCGACCCCCGUGUCAGCAGUGCCGCCGCAUCUAGCGCGCCUCCCUGCCAGCGGACCCGCAAGCAAAGCCCCAUCAGCACGACCAGGCAGCAAGAAGGGCAGCAAUUCCAGUCACGCGCGCCUGCCGUUGUCGUUCCCGUCUCCCACCAAGUCUGAAGGCGAUCAUCACAUGCCAAGCUCACCGGUAGAUCUCAGCCCUCACACGGUCGAGUCGAACCCUGGGCUUGUCAGCGAUCACGACGACGACGAUGAUGAAGACGCUGACGAUGCACAUAGCCAGCCUGAUCUUUCCAUCGGCGGCGACGACGUCCUGGUCGAGGAUGCGAGUGACGUCGAGGGUGUGCAGGAACGCAGGGGUUCACGACCAGCACUCCAUGGAUGCUUCGAAAAGGGAGAGGGAAGCCGGAAGCACUGA